AGAUGUGCUCACCUAUUUGAGUGUUCCAGGACGAUGUAUGUAUGUUGCUGUCACAGGCAAUCGACCUGUCAUCAAGCUUGCUAGCACACUAGCUAGCAAACUGUGUUAGCCCUAGCUAGCUUGCUAACGUUAUCAGGAGUCAGUGAUGAUGUUGUGGCUAGGGACAAGCUACCCCAUUUAUAGACACCAACCGCUUUAGCGCCUAUUGACGAUAGUAUCUUCUUUACUUUUUUUUUUUAAAAGCCCGACGCUCGAUCUGAAAGUUAACACGCAUCGCUUGCGGUAGGUAGUAUUAAGGUUCGUGUUCCGACACAGGCCAUAUCUCCAUGUUACAGGAGUUGUUUAUGGAAGACGAGGCGACCACUAGCUUUGAGACACAUCGGGAGACAGAGUAUUGGUUGUGCAUCGUUCUGGUGGUUGGCGAAGGAAAGUAACCAUACCACAAUAUAGCUGACUUCACCCAAAAAAUGUGCCGUAAAAUGUUUUGUGAAACUUACUUAAAGGGAUGAACGAAAUGGAGAAGAAGUUGGCAGAAUAUAAGUGUGACACCAACGAAGCAAUCUGUUUAAAACUAGUCCGUUUCGCAGAGGAGGUGAAUGAUGACAGCAUGACAUUCCAUCCAGAGUACAGCCACCAGCUUUAUGGUGAUGACCUGAUGAUGUUGAAGGGAAGAUCCGGGAGAUCAUUCCUGCUGGGUUCAGCUGCAACACGGACGACUUCAUCUCAUUGUUGGAGAAAGAGGCCAACUUCAAACCCUUCGGCACCCUGCUUCACACAUACAACGUUCACAAUGUGGAGGCGGGAGAAGACUUCACCUACCAGAUUCACAAGGUGGACGUGUUCUGCCCGGGAUUCCGAGACUACCAUGAGCGCCUGCAGACCUUCCUCAUGUGGUUCGUUGAGACGGCCAGCUUCAUCGACGUUGACGACGAUCGUUGGGACUUCUUUCUCGUGUUGUAGCAGGUGUACGGAUCGGGACGGGCCUGGCUGCUCCAGCAUGCUGACACUGGAAAAAGCAUCCCAGAGAAUUGGAGAGGGGAAAAUGGACGCGGCCUGGGAGUGUGCCUGUAAUUGUCCUGCUUGCCUUUUGUGUUUUAUCUGCAGAUUUGAGAAGUACAAUAACGAUGGGGAGACUCUCUUCGCAACUGUUGGCUACAUGACAGUUUAUAAUUACUAUGUGUAUCCAGACAAAACCCGACCACGUGUAAGGUCUGGCGGAGAGGUCAGCAAGGCUGUUCUUUCAUGUCUUUGUGCAUGUUGGCCUGGUGUCCUUCUGAACAGCCAAAUGCUGAUCCUGCCGCCGUUCCAAGGAGAGGGUCAUGGAGCUCAGCUGCUGGAGGCAGUACACAGGUUCUACUGCAAUCUGCCUAAAGUACAGGACAUUACAGCUGAAGACCCCUCGGAGAACUACGUGAAGCUGCGAGACUACGUUCUGGUCAAGCUCUGCCAAACACUGCCGUCAUUCUCCACAGACAAGCUUCCUCUGAGCUUCAGUGAUGACAUGGCCACAGAGGCCAGGGAGAAGUUAAAGAUAAACAAGAAACACGCGAGACGAGUGUAUGAAAUCCUCCGACUGAGGGUGACGGACAUGAGCGUUGAGACGAAAGCAAGAGAUUACCGUCUGGAAGUCAAAAAGAGGCUAUUUGCCCCGACCAAGAAGAACCAGCGGGAGCUGACCAAGAUGAUGAAGUGUCUGCGGCCAGAGGAGCUGGCAUCCCACAUCAGUCAGAUGGACACGGCGCUGCAGCAGGAGGAGCUGGAGAAGAGCUACCAGGAGGUGCUGGCCGAGUACAGGAGAGUCAUUGAGAGGCUAGCGCAGGCCUGAUCCAGGGGGCCGAAUGUCGGCCCUGCUUACCCCACCCUGGCCCCAUCUCCCUUCUCCUCUUCCCACUGAUGGUCCUAGAUAUACAGUAGAGGUUGAGCAGCGCUGUGCAGCUGGCUGGCUGCCUGGGGAAGGCCCACUGUGUCCCGUGUGUGUAAUCACGCCGUGUGAGAUUUAGUGAUUGGUAAUCAUUCACAGGUGAUAGGAACACCAUCCGUACGGUCUGGCUGUGCAGAACAUGCCUCCUUUUGAUAUAGAGAAUAACAGAGAUAGUGAUUCUUUUUUUUCCCCCUCAAAUAUCUGUCUAGCGUUUUCCUGAAGACAUGUUGGUUUUUAAGCACUUCAUACUGAAAUAAAUGACAUGUUUUUUUUGUACAUUGA